AUGUCUGACCACAGCACCACCCUGACGUUGGCCAACAUAGUCUACAUCGCCAUGGAGAUUGUCAUCGGGCUCUGCGCCAUCGUGGGCAACGUGCUGGUGGUUUGGGUGGUCAAGCUGAACCCCAGCCUGCAGACCACCACCUUCUAUUUCAUUGUCUCCCUGGCCCUGGCGGACAUUGCUGUUGGGGUGUUGGUCAUGCCCCUGGCCGUGGCCAUCAGCCUGGGCAUCAGGGUCCACUUCUACAGCUGCCUUCUCAUGACCUGCCUGCUGCUGGUCUUCACGCACGCCUCCAUCAUGUUCUUGCUAGCCAUCGCUGUGGACCGAUACCUGCGGGUCAAGCUCACGGUCAGAUCCAGGAUUGCUGAGACCCUUGGGUGCCUCUGGCCAGUGGAGGCUCAUUUCCGUCCAGCCAUGGGGCUCUUCGUUCUGCUCUCCCUGACUGUCCUUUCAGAAGCCAUGGUCAUGGACAAAAAGCUCAAGGAGUGCUCUGUGCUGGACACGGUGUCUGCCGUCUGCAGCUACGCCGCCCACUACAAGGACCACCUCAAGUACUGGUGCCGAGGCUACUACCGAGACUACUGCAGCAUCAUCGCCUUCACCCCCAACAGCACCGGCCGCGUGGCCCUGAGGGACACGGGGGAGCAGCUCAUUGUCACCGUGUCCUGCCUAACCAAAGAGGACGCGGGCUGGUACUGGUGCGGCAUCCAGCGGGACUUUGCCCGGGAUGACAUGGACUUCACCGAGCUGGUCGUGACUGACUCCAGAGGAGCCCACACCAGUGACUUUUGGUCCAUGAAGGAUGCGCCAAGGAACGCGAACAGAAGCUGCAGGGCUUCCAAACUCGUGUACAAGGCAGAUCACUACUGGAUGUCCAUUCUCAUCACCUGCGUACUGAUCACAGGGGUGGGGAUCGUUUCUCUAACGACUCACUUGUUCAGAAGGAGGAGGAGUCAAAGAAGCAGAAUAAACUACUCUCUGAAGCCCCCCUCGUGUGUCCAGACUCCAAAGAAACUGGCUCCAACUGGACAGAUGUGA